AUGGCAUUGAUAGUAGUGGUGGUGAUAUUAGUUAGAGUAGCAGUGGUAAUUGGUAGUGGUGGUGGCAGUGACAGUAACAGUGUUGGUGGUAGUGGUAGUGGUGGUGGCGAUAGUAAGAGUAGUAAAGGUAAUGGUAGUGGUGAUAGCUGUGGUGGAGGCAGAGCAGUGGUAAAGGCAGCGGUAGUGGUAGUGGUGGUGGUUGUGGUAGUGGUAGUGGUAGUGCCAGUGUUGGUGGUACCACGUUUAACUGUAUGCGAACUCUCAGCAUGUGUAAGAAUUUAGGACUCAAGGUGGGUGGGGGGUGGGGGGGGGAGGGUAUACCUUCACUUGUAUUAAACGUUUAAAUAAACUUUAAGAACGUUCUAGCGUACCUCAUUGUCAACUCGAUAUUAGAAGUUGAAUAGACCAGGGCCAGAAAGAUGCCAAUCGAGAUUUAAAAAAAUUAUGGUAGGUAAAAGGCAUUUAAAUAAUGAAUAACGGAAAGCCGCGGGAACGAAGCAUUAAUGCUAUUACCAUCACUACAUCAUUACUACACUAAGCAAAAACACAUCGCACAACACACCUACACCGCUAUACACUAACACUAAAUACUAAACCCUAGACACUAGGCAAACGCCACCUGAAGAAACAAAUAAGAAAAAGCUACAUUGGUGGAAGUUUUUGUGAAGCGUGCUGAUAGCUAAAGUUCCAUCAAUGCAACGGCAGGACAGGUUCCCACUUUUUAUUGUGAAAGUGGAGUUUGUUAUGUUUAUUCGCAAUGAAACGUUCGUUGUUUUUUUUUUUUGGCAUUUUGCUCAUAAAAGGCUAUAGUCGAGAAAGAUGAUUUACUUAACUUUGAACGAAAAAUCAGAUAUUUACUCUCAAGAAUAAUAUAAUUAACAAGAAUAUUGUCAUCAUUAUCCGGGCAAAAACGGCCAAAUAAAAUAUCUUUAAAAUCAAAGUUGGUAGAAACUUAAGAAUGGUGAUAAGCUCAUCCCAGAAAAUGUUAACGUAAUGGGUGAAUAAAUGAACGAACGAACGAACUAACGAACGAACGAACGAACGAAAGACUGAACGAACGAAUGAAUGAAUGAAAUGAAUAAAUGCAUAAAUAAAUAAAGAGUUGUUUUACUGAUAGCAUAUAUCCACAAAAAAGCUCUUUAUAUACCACAACCCACAUCGAAAUGGAAUUUCAGUUUUUGGAGGAGGGGGGCAAAACCAGAGUACCUUGAAGAAAACAGUAGAGAAGAGAACUUACAUCAAAUUCAAGCAAAAUGGAAUUCAAUUCAGACCACAAUGCUGGAAGGCGUUUGCUCUUCGUGUAACAACAGCGCCAUCCAUAUCCUCCUUGCAUUGUUCAACGUAAGGCUUAUGGGCUUUACAAAACACUUUAUCUUCUCUCCUCCCGUCACAAAACUGACUCAAGCUUUAAUACUCUGGUACCAAACGCAGAAUGCUGCUUGGAUAAUUUCGGUUUCCUUCUGAAUUUUAUCUCGAUGAAAUUUAGUUAUCACUUUAAAACAAGAAUUUAUCGAUAAGUUGUUUUAAUUUAAGUUAGUACCAACUGGCCGAAAUUUCCGACUAAUCGAUCCUUGUGAAUCAUCGCGUUUAUUCGGCAAAACAACUGUUAUUUUACCAGCGUUCUAUGUUAAGAAACUUAACAUAGCUCCUCAAGUAAAUAACAAUACGAAGAAGAAAGCUUUUUUCAACUCCUACUACGCAAUACUCGUCUCGCUAAUCAAAGCCAUAUAAAGUUACCUAUGGUCUGUUUCUCGUCGUAAUAGCUUUCCACAAGAACACCCUUUGAACUGUAUACGUAGUUGAAGUAUUGGGGUAAGGUUCUAGGCAGCUUUUGCCAUCGGUUACUCUAAAGACAAAAGCGCUACACUUUUUGUCAACGUUUAGUGGCUGCUGUAGGAUACUUUUGCAUUAAGGUUACGUACGGCAGCUGAAAGAAACCGGUGUUUCAGUAACCACGUUUUGACUUCCAUGUCGAUAGUUUCAGAUAUUAAUUGUUAGCCUCCUGAUAAUCGUGGAAUGUUCUCCUGUUCACUAAACAUCCAAAACUCAACCGGGUGAAUUAUUCAUCACAAUUAAAGUUUUCAUCACUACAGAAUCUUUCGUAUUAGACGCAGGUAAUGAUCGAUUUUUGGAGCACUAGAUAGCUGUCUCAGUGAUGUACGUUUGAGUGCUGGCCGGUGAUUAAAAAUUCAUCAACACAUACCCUCCGGUCUGUAGCACUGCAAUUAUUAAUAAGAAGUUGUUUAAAAACUACAUAUAAAGAGGCUGGAAACUGAAUUAAUUAGUAACUUUAGCGUCACAAAUUGAUUGAAGUAUCGAAACGUUCUUACUAAAAACUUUCUGCUUUGAAAACAAAAUCAGCAAAGCGAUGAAACAAACAGAGUGUUCCGACGGUGGAAUAAAAUUAAUGUGUCACGAAUAUACAUAAAAUACGGAAAAGUUUCGUUUCUGCUGAGUAAUGUUUAUAACAAACUAUUAUUUUCUUUUAAUAAUUGUAAUGUUUUUACCGCAUUUAGCAUUUUUUGUGUCAACAAAAGGAUGAACUGAAGAAACGUCGAGAAUCAAGGAUUGAGCAGUGAAUAAUUGCGUUUCAGGAAUGCCUUAAAUCCAACGAGGUAUGAGUUAACCUUUCAGAGUGGUGAUUCGCGUUUUAGUUUAGAAAGAAAAAAAGUAACCCCCUUAGGGACGCAUAGUUAUUACUGAUUUUUCCUCAGAACGUUCUGCGAGAAAAUUGAAGCUGGUAUAAACAAAUUAAAGAAGAAAAAAACAAUUCAAUAACAAACACAUUUACCAAUUACUUACUAGCAGAUCAAGUCGUCUUUCUUUUAGUUCAAGAAUUUUGAAGGUAACGCUCUUUUAAACGAGAAUGUUUCCACGUUUAUGUAACACAUUCACAACGUAAAGGAUCCAAUUAGAACAUCUAGUUCGAAACUACAACCACUCCGUACCUUGAAAACUAGCAGAUAAGCCCGAGUUCACGUUAAGGAGUUGAUAUAAUCUAACAUAGGAAUGCAUGCGCACGAAUUAGUGAUCAGCCUAUUUAUAAAGUCAUUGUCACAACUCAGCCAUUGAACUUCUGAAGAUACUUCCUGUUUACAUUUAGGGGAAAACCCUCCAGGGCUGAGAUCCGUCCUUUAGCUUUAAAUAAGAGAUGCUAAUUGCCAUGUCCGCAAAAUUUAAAUUCGAUUUCCCCUAUAAGCCGCAAUACCCACAUACAAAUACUCAAGACUGAUCUCCAUACAUUACCUAAGAGAAUUCGUUGAGAGAAUUUGUUUGAAGAUCAAAAUAUUUCCCCUGAGUAUAUCAUUUUAUUUAUUCUCAUAACCUAAUAUGGAUAUCACCAGGAGAAAAUUGAUUUUAGUCACUCUUGGGGCUUAAAGGGUUCUAAUACUGAAGUAGUUUGGUCAAUAUAUGAUGCUGUAUCAAAUCAAUAAUAUUGUGAUAUCGUGAUACAUAUCUUGUUAUCUGCUAUUGCGAUGCUAACAGCGCGAAAGUAAACUUGAGAACAAGGCCAAUCUUUAAACUUUCGUCCAAGGAUCGUAACUUUAUCUACGGAUGAAUGAACCUUUAAAGAGACAGAUCAUUUAAAUGAACAUCCACAAGAGCGAUUUAAGAACAUGAUUCAUAUCGGCCGCAUUUAACAAGUUUAAGACAAGGAUUCCACUCUUCGUCUACAUGAAUCCACAUAGUUUAACCGUCUACUUGAAAUCACUAGACAUCACUUAAAUUGUUGGAUUGUAUUGCUCCCAAAUUAAAGCUCAGCUUUUCGUGCUUUUAUUUUAGUUUUCUGAGAAUUGAACGGGGUAUUUAAACAAAUGAGGUUUCGAAACUAAAAUGUCGCUGAGGUCACUGAGACAACGCUGAAAGGACACAACCGAUAGCCACAACAAUUAGCAACCAGUGUAUGUCCUGCAAACUGAAACUAAUUCCGGUCAAAAAAACUCUAUUAAAUGAGAUUCCACUCAAGGCUGAGUAUGUAAAUUUUUGAGGCUUUAAAUUUAGACACUGAAAGCUAUCAGUCAAUUUAUAUACUCACCAAGAACCAGUAAUCCUAAAACUCUUGUUAUAAAGAACUACAAAAGCCGCCCCAUUUCAAAGCCACUGCACAUAGAAGCUUUUUCGUUAGAUUGUGCAAAACCUUUCAACUUGUGAACACGACACAUAAUGUCUACAUUAAUUCAGUAAAAUUGAAACCAAAACAUUUCUUCAAAUCAAUACUGAAUAUUGAGUAGAUUCCACAGUUUUGUUCCGCGAGUAUGACAACGUAGUUUAGACAGACGAAAAUACAUGUCUGUGACGCCGCUAUAAGUUGGUGUUUUAGGAAAAUCCUAUCAGAUUGAAAAAAAUCUUUUAACCCGUUCAUAGUUUUUGGUCGUUUAAGCUUGAAUGUUAGCUGGUAUGCAUUAUAUGUUAUGCUCUGCAAGAUGCUUUGUCAAAAACCUAAUUAGAAUGGCAGCUAUGAUGGAAACACUUUUUCGGUCUCUUUACUACCCGGCGUGUCAAUACAGAUGAUUUUAACUCUUGGGUCUGCGAAUGAACUCCUAAAUUGUGAGAACAACAACAGGGAAUAAUUAUAACUACAUAAAAGUAUACUACGUGGUGAUCAAUGUGUUUCGUGCUCUGCAAAGUCCAUGCGUGCAUGAAACUGUCACAAAAAUUGGUGUCGGGUAGAAAUUCUUGCGGUGUUGAGCAAUGUGCGGUAAAAUUGCAGUUUUUGCUUCGUUUACUCGAUUUCCACGGCACGGUGUAUUUUGAGACAAUGUAUGAAGUAGAUGUCGCGAACAGUAAAACAAUGUUGUUAGUCUCUACUUUUUUGGAGUAGUUGGGUUUGCCGCGAAAUCGAAAAUAAUUAAGUUUUGAAAGUUUAAGAAUCUUUGUCAAUAAGGAUUCUGGGUCACUUGACAAGGUUAAACUUGCCUUGACAAGAUUCUUCAAACCAUAAAACAAAUUACGAAAAAAUUGGCGGUUCAAUAAUUCUACUUCCCUGUUUGCUCAAGAUUCUAUUCACAACUAUUUUAAUCAUUUCUAUGCCGAAGUAGUACAGGAAGAACGACUGCUAAAAAAAGAGAUUUUAGAAACACGGCACAUACCAAAACUUUCGCUGUUCAUUCGAGCAGGAGCCAGGUAACCUGGCCUAAAAACAUUCCAUAGUUCACAGCGUUUCUUGCUAGUGGCGGUCUUUGGCCGAAAUUCGUAUAAAUCAUUUGCGUUUUUACUUUCAAGUUUUGACGUUAACAACGGUCCUGGUUUGAGUGGUUCCCUUUAAAAAUAGCCCCUGACUUUUCAUGUAAGGCGCGUUGACCAUGGACUGGCCCUUCAAAGCGGUACCGCUUGAACAACUUUGAGCAGGAUUUCACUUUUGAACUUCUAGCGAUUUGGUCAGCGAAGUAAAGAAAAGCAAAGCUAAAGAAAAACGGAAUUAGUUACCUUCGAUUCUCUUGUUGAAAGUAUGAUACACCUUGUUUACGUUCGAACCUAGACGCUAGUGGACCGGCUCGAUGAAAACUUCCAAACCAUUGCUGACUGAGCAUGAGCAAUCAUAAAUCAGAUAAAGUAUGCCGCACUUUACGCUGCCUGAUAAAAGACAAAACGGAUACUGGGCUUGGUGCGUUUCGAAUAAUUAGCUAGGUUUUCGUUUCAUUUUAGCCUUUCCCUUGGUCAUUAGAACAAACUUUUAGCACGCUGAAACUUAAAACUGCCAGCAACUACAAUGUUGAUUCACGCCUUGAUCGCGCCCAGCCAUUUUUGCUCGUAUCGACUCGUAAGACAAGACAGAACUUAAAACAGGCGAACACAAUUCAAACACGGCGUGAAAGAACAAGUAUAGACAAAUAGAUUUGUGACCCUGAAAGUGGGACACUACAAAGGAGACAUUUUUUUUGGCAUGUUACCAAGUAUACGACGAUUUUCAUCAAUCGUAUUUGGGUAGUUCGCAUAGAACCGGCCCUGUAAAUUGCUUUCAAGUUCAAGUGAGGGAAAGCAAAAGAGAUUUCUUGACAUCACAGCGUUUGAAUCGAUUUACUUAACUGAUAAGCUACACAAAUAACAUCUACUCUUACAUUUUAUUAUUUCAUGAUAAGCGUGAUAUCGACACAAUGCUGCGUCAUAUAUUCGCCAAAGGUCUUUGUUAAAUAUAAGGAUUAAUGUCAGAUAGCAGCUUAUCGUCACAAAUCUCUUUCGUUGCACUUACAAAAUUUUAUGAUCAAAGGAAAUCAGUUUUCAUAAGCUUUUAAAAUGUUAAAAUAUUUGAAGAUACCCACUUCCAAUUCUGUGUAGAAAUAAGUUUUUGUAAAUUCACAAAUUAAAAACCUCUUUACAUAAUUCUCCCCUUUUUUGCAAACUUUUGCCACGUAAAUAAACCUAAAUUUAAUAGGCACAACGCCCCCUUCAAUACAAUGGGAGACCUGGCUUUAAUUAACGUGAAGUUUGAGGUAUGCAUUAUUAGGCGUUUACGGCAUAAACUAUAACCGCAGCAAGUUUAAUUUAUUGCAACUAGGCACGUACAAAUCGCGCCAUUCUUUAUACAACCGAAGCUUUUUUUCUUCCAGACAAUCAGUAAUAUAGGGUUUUUGUAGUGAUGGCGAAGUUCUGUGAUUCCCAUACUUAGAGUCAGACCUCUUUUCAAAGUAUUCUUGAUAAAACAAGAGCCAUUCUUUCAUGAUGAAGGCUAAUAAAUGGUUUCUAAAUUUAUUUAAGAAUGACCUAAAGAUUUGAGAACAUAAGGUAUGAUUGUCAAGGCUUAAACUUCUCUGAGCGAGAGCAAGAUAAUAAGGGCAGCUAGAGGCAUGUACCAGAAUGUCCAGCUUUGAAAAAAUAAUUGCCUAAUGGUUGGGAAGUGGAUUAAUUGUCACACCUCCGGUCAUGUUAGUUGCUGUAAAUCUAUCGAUUAAUAUUCAUUUAGAACAUGCUCCGUUUCAUAACCAGGUAGCGUUGACCAAAUUUGGAAGAUCUUUGCGAUAUGCCAUAAAAUGACGUCAAAAGUGCACUCUAUCGCCAAAAAGGCACGGCAACCGCGAAGCCCUGGGGACAAAGUUGUGUGACCUCAGAGCUAAAGAAAACGGCGAAAAAUUUCACACUUUUAAGAAGAAGAAAAAACCGAACUUCUGCUUUAAAACAUAAUGGGAACAGUAAAGACACAACUGAAACGAUGACAACGGCAAUUUGCAUAUCUGCUGGGAGCUUAACAUCCCUUUAUAUCACCUGAAUUUACCGAGGAACAAAACGUGAAGACGGGAACCUAAAGUUACAGUAAAACGGGCAAAAAGAAAAAAUAAAAUAAAAUAAAAGCCGCACAACUUGUUUUGCAACAUUGUUGCAAAACGAGUUGAAUGGCGAUGUUGUGCGUUUUACCACCCACGAUCGAACCUGUCUUCUAACGAAAAAGUUUUCAAGGUUUGUUUUCGAGGGGGCAUGGUAAAACGGGCAACCACGCUAUUCAACUUGUUUUGCAGCACUGUUGUCAAACAAGUUGCACGUUUUCUGUUGUCGUCGUUUUACCGUACGUCAACAUCGAUAAAGAUAAGGGUGUUCUGGAGUGUGAAUUAUUUUUAAUGAAUGAUAAUAAUGUAUCAUAGUUGGAUGAGGCAUUGUGCAGUUCUCGGAACGUGUUAUCCGCCUCGGCCUAACACCCUCCUCGAUCUGUAUAAUUCUCCAGAUGAUACUCAGUGUUAUCCAAUAACUUCCAAGCAGUAACUAAAGACGUAAGUGUCGCGGACUCAAGAACUAUAUCAGGUGUAUCAGCCGAAACUAAACCAUUUUGAUUACCACCCAAAAAUCGAUAAAUGUUAUUACUUUUAUAUCAUUAUUAUUGUUGUUGUUAGUAAUACUUAUCGUCGAGAAGUCAGCCUGUUUCUCUUAAUACUUCCCAUCGCGAAAAUAUUUCUCCUUAAUUAAAUCGCUCCUUUCGAAGUCUCCGUUAUUUAAAAUGAAUAACCUCUGGAUAUUGUUUUGUUUUUCGUGGAAAUAAUUGAGGCCAAAGUCACGGGUGAUCAAGUGGAAAAAUAACAAGUUAUGAAAACAGUUAGCCGGGACACGAGAAGACAUAUCACGACCUCUGACGCAGGUAGCAGUGAAUAAGUAAGAUAUAAUGCACACCGACAUUCAACAUGAACAGCUUCAAGGCAAUUCCGACACACAAUAAAGAUUGCUGAUAACAGCAUGCGAAAAUCAAGUCGGCUUUUCAGUGAGAGCUAUUGAUAAUGAAAGAUGUUUGUGAAACUGUCCAUGGCUCAAGAUGUUUUGAAUACCGUGCUUACACGAAGUGGUUCUUUAAACCCUCUGAAGUUAUCUUGGAAUAAAAUUCAAAGUUUCGCAUGUGAACUUUACAUUGUUACCAUUCAUAUUCUAGCUAGUAGCGAAAGUUUUCAGUGAAACUUUUUUCUUUUCGAAGUCUAGAAAUAAAAAGAUAAAACGUUUUUCAAUUAAAUACUUAUCAAUCUAAAUCAAUUUAAUACGUAUUAAUUUAGAAAUGAAUGAAAAAUAGGUAUGUGUUAUUUAAAACCUAAAGCUAGAGGAUGCAAAGCUAAAUUUAACUACCCCGCUAAAACCUUUUAAGCAGAAGUUUCCCGUUGUGUCUGUUGGUUUCUUUUCGACCUAAAUAUAAAUCGAAUUCAUUUUCAAAAUGUUUGGUGAUUAGAGGUUUAAGAUCUCAAAGCGUAGAAAUUAAAAAUCACGCAGUUCUGUAGAAAUGAGGUGCUUCAAACGCGAGGGAAGAAAUGUGUAAUUGUUUUAAGUACAGACUCCAUCGGUGGAAAAGACAAUUUGCGACUCACCUUGCUGAAUGAAGUACUUUCUGUCACCGCAAGAGCAGACACUUGCGGAAGUGAGAAACCCAAGUGUUGA